AGGUGCCAGGCAGAGCUGUAUAACCUGCGCUCAAGCACCCUCCUGACCCAUUGCUGCCCCCCCAAGGAUGAAGUUGCAGCCCAUCAGAUCCACAUUGGGGGAGGAGCAGCUCGUGCAUCGAGAGGCUGCCUGGCACAGUGUCCCUCCAGGGGGCCCUGCCCCCCCAGAGAACAGUCAGGGGAUCCCAUCCCCUGGGGAGGAACCUAGAGAGGAGAAUGCAGGGCCGGGGCAUGGCCCCCCUGGCAUGGAGGCCUGGGAGUUGAUGGGGGGACUGCAGUCAGUGCAGCGGGAGCUGGCCCAGUGCACAGAGCAACGGGACCAGGCAGUCGCUAAGGUGCGUGCCCUGGAACGGCGGGUGCAGCAGCUGUUGGAGGAGCUGAGGGGCCAGAGGCAGAGAGCAGGGGCCACGCAGCGCCGCCUGGAGCAGCAGGAGAAGGAGCACCGGCAGGAGCUGGCGGAGCUGGAGCGGCACCAUCGGGAAGCACUGGAGCAGCAGGGUACCCGGUUGGACAUUCCUGUGUCCCCCCACCGCCCACCAAACAACCAGGGCCUGGGGGGAUCAGAGCAGGAGCGGCGCCACCCAGGCUGUGGCCAGCGCAGCCUCAGCAGCUCCCGGCAGGAACGGGCACCCGAGAAACGAGGGGCAGCUGGGAAGGUCAGAGGUUCCUCAGCAGAGAGUCCCCGAGUUGUGGGCAGGCUGGUGCCCAGUGGGGAGCGGAGCCGGGAGCCGGAGUCCCCCACAGAGCUGCCGGCCCUGAGGGCUGAGGUUUUGGGGCUGCGCCGGCGCCUGGCUGCCUCUGAGAGCCUGCGCAAGGGGCUGCUGGAAAACUGCUGGCAGCUGCAUCAAGGCGCCCGGGACCUGACUGGGGAGCGCCGGGCACUGGCUGAGAUGCUGCUGGCCCAUGAUGCUGCCAUUCAGCACAAGGAAGAGGCGGAGGAGCUGCAGGGAGCGCCAGGGCCCGGCCUGGCCAAAGGGGAUGGGGGGGAACUGCAGGCCCUGGCUGUGGAGUCGGAGGCUCAGGUCUGGGGGGCACCAGGCCCUGGCCUGCCUGAGGGGGAUGCUCAGGAGGUGGGGGAGCUGAAGGUGCUGCGGGGGGAGUUGAGGGCCCUGGCCCUGGGCAAGGCUGAGGCAGAGACUCAGGCAGCCCAGGCCCAGGAGCGGCUGCGGCGGCUCCAGGAGACGCUGGGGUUGCAGACAGAGCGGCUGGCACUGGCCUGUGAGGCUCAGAGCCAGCAUGUGGCAGAGCUGCUGACUGAGGGCCACGAGAGGGAGCAAGAGCUGGAGCGCCUGAGCCAGGCGCUGCGGGAGGCGGGACGGGUCCGCGAGCUGCUGGAGGCUGAGGUGGGGCGGCUGCAGGUGCUGCUGGGUGGGGACACACCUCCCACUGGUUCACCUGAGCCGCCCCCCACAGCCCCAGAGCCUGGCCUGCCUGAGCCGCUCCCCACAGCCCCAGAGCCUGGCCCCCCAAGUUUGGCCUCCCCCACCCCUGCUGAGCUGCCCAUUCCCCUGGAGUUGCCACUCAGUGCCCUGGAGUUGGCUGUGGUUAGCAGGAUGUGGCUGGCAAGGAAGCAGGGCUGGCACAGUGCACGGGCACUGCUGCAGAAUAUCCUGUGGGAGCUACAGAAGCUGGCAGGCCAGGCUGGAUUGCAGGAGCAGCUGGAGGAGGCGCUGUCCCGUCUGCUGCAGGAGAAUCAGGCCCUGCGGGCUGAGCUGGCACUGUGGCAAUCCCACACCCGAGAGGAAUGUACCACACCUGCCACUGGAGACAGACAACACCAGGGGACCUCAGCCACCCCCCCUCCAGCGCUCCUAGGGGAUAGAGGCCAGGAGGACCUUACUUAUGUUCUCCAGACUGCCUGGCCAGGGGUGCGGGAUGCCCAGACCCAGACAGAGGGGCCAGCACGGGGCAGGCGCCACGGGGAGCUCAUCUUGGCAGCCUUCGACCACACUCAGUAUGAACCCUAUGGGCUGCCUGAGGUCGUCAUGAAAGGUUUUGCCGACAUCCCCUCCGGCCCCUCCUGCCCCUACGUCCUUCGGAGGGGGCUCCUGGGCAGUACCCCCUUGGCCCAGCUGGCACCCAAAGCUGAGCCAGAGGAGGAUCCCGCUGAACCUGAUAUGGGCACCAGCGUCUGAGAGCAUCUACACUGCUGGCCUGGAUGGCAGAAAUGUGCCCCCUCCAGCUACAAAGAUCCCUGAUGUUGCCUGGAGCUCCCCAGCUGCUAUGUGGCACCUUAUGGCUGAGAAGGGGAGUCCUUCUCCCCUUCCCUCCACAGAUGGACAUAUGUAACCCUCUUGGAUUUAUUUUACAACCUGGCUUCCUUAAGGUGCUAAAAAUUGUGGGUGCUACAGCUCAAUGGGCUCACAGCUGCUCAAUGCCCCACUCCCUGCACACAAGGAAUGGGGGAGGGUCAAUGAAUGGGGUUAAUUGGAAUCUCUGCCUCCCCUCCCCCAGACACACAGCUUGAAGGGAGUUAAGCCCUCUAUUCAUGGCUCAGGGAAUCAAAGGGCGGGUUGUGUCCACCCACCGAAAGUUUGGAGGAGCUGCUAUGUUGAGUCACCCCCACCCCCUGAGAGGGGCUCAGCAGAAGUUCCUCCAAGAGAGGGGGUGCAGCACAGGGAGUCUUCCCCCACACACACCUGCCUCAGCUCUGGGGUUUAUAUGUAACUCUGUCUCCCCCAGCCUCAAUAAAGUUCCUUGCCUCAG